AUUGGCAAGAAUUGCAUUUUAACACGUUCUAUCUUAAUCGCACAGCAGAAGCAGUCACCUUCGGAAUGUCGUGCCAGUACGAUGGUUUGGAUUAAUUCGCACUAAUAUAGCUCAAAAAACUGCACUCCACCAACAAGAUGGUACACUUAUUGUGCAAAACAUUUUUAAUAUUAGUGAAUCUCAGCGUUGCGCUCAGCAUUGCAAAAGCAUCCCUCAUUCACAUCAGUGGUCCAAGAAUUGCGGUCCAGUACAGCAAGAUACAGCUGCGCUGUAUGGCUUCCACCGGGCAGAAGCAUUUUCUUUGGUACUUUUCAUCCAACGGAUCUGCAGCAGCACAAUAUCCAAAAGAGCCACUCAGUUCACAUCCUUUCAGCGCGAUCCGGUUCGAUACGCACGGAGCAAUGCUAACGAUACGUGCGGUGGAUAGGACACACGUCGGUAGCUAUCGUUGCUGUGCCACUGACACACUUUGCGCUACCAUGAGCCUGUUCGUGGUGUCCGCCACGGACGAUCCUUCGGAGCUGCGACCGACCGACAGCUUGGGUGGUGGUGGUGUUGCUGUGCUGGACGUCCAAAGCGAUGGAACGUUCGAGCUGGCCAUCUUUCACGCACCGCUGCUCGAGGGAGAAAUUAGCCUCGAACGGGAGGCGGGCGCCGUACGGUUCUGUGAUCACUUUCGCCACCGUGCGGAAGAAUGUAACGAGCAGCGCACGAACGGUGUCGUGGCGUACAGUGUGCGCAAUGCAACGAUGGAGGCGAGUGCACAGUUUCAGGUUAAGAUAACGAACAACAAGCGGCUGGAAGUGAUGCAUCUGCACAUUUUAAUAAGAGGUAAACCUAUCGUACGGAUGGACACUUACUGUGUGUUAAGAAAUUUAAGUCACAUCAACUUAAGCUGUCAAGGAUAUGCUUAUCCGACGCCGAACGUUACCUUCACUUACACACCAUGUCUGCCGACGGCAAUGGACCGCUUAAGCGACAUUCAAAGGGAUGCCUGCGAGAAAAGCAUAACCGUACCGCAACACCUAGAACGCCUCUCACCCUUCAACCACACCACCAUCUUUGAGGUGAUCAUCCCUUCCUGGCCGGUACUAAAGCCCGGCAUCGUGUCCUGCCGGGCAUCGAACGGUGAAGGAUCUUCCUCGAUCGAAACGUUACUGUUUGUGCGCAAUUUCCACGAGCCAAUGCAGUUCCGUAUCGAAUCGCCCACCGAUGUGGUGCUGUACGAUGACACCGUGAACAUAACGUGCCAGGCGGACGUUUACAACUUCACCAACCAGCUCACUAUCCAUCACGGUGGAAGUAGCUUUCAUCUCGCCGGGGAACAGCUCGGCUACGCGUGGACGAUAACGUACCUGGCGCACAUCACAAACGACUCACAGAACGAGGUAGUUUGUGAAGGUCAGCACAAGAAUGGGACACGGGUCCGUAGCACGCUCAAUCUAUCGAUCCAGUAUCCCUCGAAACCGCACGUUGUGAGUGUGAACGAUUCGGUGAACGUAACGAUCGCGCACGGCGAUGCGGUACGGCUCGAGUGUGACAUCGACGGUACGCCUUCGCCCGACAUUGUGUGGUUUAAGAACGAUGCGCACCUGCGGCAUGCGCAGGGACAUUUCGUGCGCGUGGCGCUCGAUGAGGACGAAACUCGAGCCACCUACCGAUGUGUCGGUAGAAGCCGUUUGGGCAGGGCCACCAAAACGUGGUACAUUGUGGUUGAAGAAUCGAUGCGUUGGUUGCUGAUCGGUGGUCUGGGAGCGGGUGCUCUGAUUGCUUUGCUAGUGAUCGGCACGGUAGCGUGGAGUGUGGGAGCCUAUCAACAGCUGCUGCACCGGCAGAUGGAUCUGGAAACGCAAUUAAGGAUGAGUAAAGAGAACGUAGCGGACGAGCUCAUGACUGUACCGUUAAGUCAACGGAACUACAACACGCCCGGUAUGGGCUCAAGCUUGGUGCAUGAAGCCUGAAAGCAUCCCAUACGAUAGGACUUACUAUCAUGCUAUGAGGCAAUAGAAUAGCAUGGUAUACGUUAAACAGCUUUAAAAAAUGAUUAGGCUUACGUUGGUCUUAAGUUUAAGUACAACUAUUAAGCCACAGAAAAGCCAAUCAUAAUAAAGACAGUACGAAAUGUGAUUACUAUCCAGCUAAGAGAGAAGUUUGUUUAUUAGUUUACCGCAAAC